ACCGGUUUAGUUAAACCCGGCACCACUUCCUGGAGCGCGCGGACAGUCAGCACGGACACCACCACCACCCACCACCACCAACAACAACCACAACCACCACCACCAAGACAAUCACAACAGCAACACACAGACAUCACGGUGGCGGAGUAGCCAUGGCGCAAGUCGUCGUCGUCUUCAUCCUCCUCCUCCUCCUCCUCGUGGCCUCCGUCGUCCCGGAGCCCGACCGAGCGCGCCGCUUCCACGCCGCGAGGUUCGGCCGGAGCGCCACGGCAGCGCGGCAGCCUCGGCCUCCCCCCCCACGCCCAAGCGCGGCCUCCGCCGCGAACCGCACGCUGAUGCCGCCGCAGAUGCUGGAGCAGCUGCGGCGCAACACGCACAAGUUUGAAUUUGAGAACAAUCUAAGCAAGUCCGUCACGCUGGCCUGGGUCGGAGACGGCACUGGGGUUGUGUUGGUGUUGACCACCCUUGACUUUUCUGUGUUGAAUGGGCCCGGGGACUUUAGUCUCUACAGAAGUGAGAACUACGGAAAGAACUUCACAGACAUCACGAGCCUGAUUUCGGGCAACAACGUGGAGAGUGAACUUGGAAUCCUGGUCGACCCGGGCAACGCAAACCGGGUGGUGAUCCUGUCGUCCACCAUGAUGCCAAUGGUUUGGUUCUUCGUGGGCUCCAAGGACGGAGGAAGGAACUUCGUUUCGCACACGCUGCCCUUCCAGCCGCUGGCACAGAUGCAGUUCCACCCGACGCUGCCCGACGUUCUGCUCGCCCACGUCGUAGCUGAUUCCUCCCUGUACAUCACCACGGACUUUGGGAAAUCGUGGCGCCUACUCCACCAGUUUGUCUUCAUGUACAAAUGGUCAAGCAAUGGGACGCUGUUUAUCACCACAUACCCGCUCAUGAGUGACGUCUUUCGUCCUCCGCUCGGCAAGUUCCUGAUGAAGAGGUCCACGGACCUGGGCCUGACGUUCACGAUUGUCGCCCAGAACGUCUACUCCUUCGGCCUGGGGGGGCCCUUCCUCUACGCCUCCAUCGUGUUCUCGGCGAACAUGACACGUGUGGUCCACGUAUCGUCGGACCAGGGCAACAGCUGGAACAUCGCCCAGGUGCCGCCCGUCAAAGAGGACCAGUUCUACUCGAUCCUGGCUGCGACCCAGGACAUGAUCUUCAUGCACGUGGAUGGGCCUGGAGACUCGGGCCACGGGACGCUGUACGCCUCGGACGACCGCGGCCUGGUGUUCUCCGUGUCGCUGCAGCGCCACCUCUACAGCAACCAGGGCGUCGUGACGGACUUCACCAACGUCACCUCGCUCAGGGGCGUGCUGCUCACCAGCCAGAUCAACGACGACGGCACGGUGCGCUCGCUCAUCUCGUUCGACCGCGGCGGGGAGUGGCGCCCGAUCGAGAAGCCCGUCUCCUCCCGCUGCGCUUCGGGCUCGCAGCAGUGCAGUCUGCACAUCCUGGGCAACUACGCGAUGAGUCUGGACAGCACGGUGCUGCAGGUGCCGCUCAGCGAGCCCAAUGCGGUCGGCAUCGUCAUAGCACACGGCACGGUGGCGGACGCCAUGGCGGUGGAGGACGUGGACGUGUACGUGUCGGACGACGGUGGCUACACGUGGGCCCAGGUGCUGGAGGGCCCCCACCACUACGCGGUGCUCGACUCCGGCGGGCUGCUCGUCGCCGUGCCGUCCGGCGCGGUGCUCAUGCAGGACACCAUCAAGUUCUCGACGGAUGAGGGCCAGACCUGGUACGAGUACACGUUCACCGGGCAGAAGAUGGUGGUGUCGGGCCUGGCCUCCGAGCCGGGCGCCAAGUCGAUGAACGUGAGCGUCUGGGGCUACCGCAUGUUGAGCUACGCGGAGCACGUCUGGGUCGUCGUCACCAUCGAUUUCCAGGAGCUGCUCUCCCGCGACUGCGAGGACAGCGACUACCUGCAGUGGAAGGCCCACGAGCGGGCGCCGGGGGACGCGUGGGACGGCUGCGUGCUGGGCCUGCACGAGACCUUCCUACGCCUGCGCAAGGCCUCGCUGUGCCGCAACGGACGCGACUACGAGGUCACCGCCGCCAGCUCCGUCGCCUGCCCCUGCACCUCCGACGACUACAUGUGUGACUACGGCUUCUACCGUCCCGACGGGAAGGACGACUGCGUGCCGGAGGACAAGGCGGACCGCACGCUGCCCCACAUCUGCCUAUCGGGCGAGGUGGAGGAGAUCAAGACUCAGGGAUUCCGCAAGAUCCCGGGGGACCGGUGCGUGGGCGGAGUGGAGCAUGCGCGCCAGCUCAUCACCAUCAACAAGACGUGCACCUACUCGCUGCUCCGAACGCUGGUCGCCCCCACCACCGCCCAGAUGAGCACGCACACGGGCAUCGUGCUGGCGGUGACCACGAUCCUCUCGCUGGUGCUGCUGCUCUCCGGCCUGCUGCUCUGGAGGAGAAUGUGCAAGCGCAGCCCGUACGUCUUCAAGUACUCCGAGUUGAAGCAGAACGAGGAGGAGACGGAGCAGGAUGAGCACCUGCUCAACGUCGACGUGGCCGCCAAGAGCCUCUACCGCGACGACUCGGACGAGGAAAUACUGGAGUAGCGGUGGUGCGUGGGACGCGUCGGUGCCGCUUGGUGGGCCCAGGCUCUGUCACUCCUGCCAACGGGUUCCAGAGCUGCAGAUACGACCGACAAAUCGCACGCGCGCACGCGCACGCACGCACACACACACACGCUCGGUCUCACACACACACACACACACGCUCACUCUCUCACACACGCUCGCUCUCACACACACACGCUCGCUCUCACACAAUAGACGUAACCCUCAUUGUCUAAUUAGCUCUUUGACAAGUUGUCAAGUUGUGUUUGUGCGCACCUAUUCAGGGCAGGAUACACAAUGGUGCGAGGUGGGGUGACCAGCACCACACACACACUCGCUCUCACACACACACACGCUCUCACACACACACACACACAUGCUCACACACACACACACACGCUCACACACACACAUACCUGAUCACACUCACACACGCUCACUCUCACACACACGCUCACUCUCACACACGCGCUCACUCUCACACACGCUCUCACACACACACACACACCUCGCUCUCACACACACACACACACACGUUCACUCUCACACACACACGCUCGCUCUCUGACACACACACGCUCGCUCUCACACACACGCUCACUCUCACACACACACACGCUCUCACACACACACACACACGCUCUCACACACACACACACGCUCUCACACACACACACACGCUCUCACACACAUACACACACACGCUCACUCUCACACACACGCUCACUCUCACACACACACUCACUCUCACACACACACUCGCUCUCUCACACACACACACGCUCUGACACACACACACACCUUAGUCUCUCCCCAGUGCUGAUGUUUACUCACCGUACCAGGUACUAAUUUAAGGCCGAGUUAAUCUUGGGGAGGCUCAGGACAAUCGAAGAUAGAUACCUCUUGCCGCUGACGCUGAUCACGGCCGGUACUCAGUAAGGCUUUCGGGUGACGCGCUUUGCGGCGUGACGACCCCCUCCCGUGUCGAGCGCUCGCGCGUCCACUCGGCACCGGGGGGGGGGGGGGGGGGGUCGCAAGCGGCGUCGCGCCGGAGACCGCUCGGCUCAGCUCGGGCAUCCACGUGCAAAUCGCGUGCAAAGCGGAAACACUGGAUUCUUUCCUAUUUUGGUGUUGCGCAAAGUAGCAGCGGGCACGCGCAGGGUACUUCCCGACGUUUCCAUUUGAUGCCCUAGAAAACUCCCCAGCGUGACGAGGGUUUGCCCGGUGACCGGAGCAGCCGUUGGAGGGUACCGGCCCGUUGCACGGCGCGGGCCGGGGGCACUCGUGCAGCGACGUCGGCAAUCGCUGCGCUCGGCUGCCGCACACUCGCGGCGGCGGCAGCUACGGCGAUAGCCGCUGCAGCUGCGGCCGGUCGGUCCGGCUGCCCCGACCGGCGCCGAGCAAGUCGCGUUGGCACGCAGCAGCACGGCAGCCAGCGCUGGGACAAGCGCACGUCCCCGCGACUUGGUAUCGCUCGCUCCUGCACCGCGACCACACUCCUGCAGUCCCUCCCCACACUCCCAGGGUCCCCCCUCACAUUCCCAGGGUCCUCCCUCACACUCCCAGGUUGUCCUUACACUGCUAAGACAAGCCCCUCCCCACCGCCCCCCCACCCCCCCAGCACUCCCCGGCCCUCCAAACACUCCCAGGACCCCUCCUCACAUUCCCAGGCCCUGGCGCGCGCGUCACGUCUCGUCUGCCACGUUCACCGCCUUAUCGUGCCGGUCCUCCCCUGGGUUUGAGACGUCACGGCCACGGGUUGAGCGGCGGUGGUGCCGCUGGGUUCCCCGUGGGGUGCACGAGGGGCCGCGUGCGCGCUCAUCGCCACGAGCGCCGCCUUGUGGCAGGUCGUUGCCUGGCCACGGAGAAUCUCCCGGCCCGGCCGUGAUCAAGGCGUGAGCGGCGGCGCGAGCGGUGACACGGACGAUGGGCCGCUGCGCGUUCCGAUUUGAGCCGACGCGCCCCGUAAGCCGACCACCACGGCAUUGGCGGUGGCCAAUCAUCUCAAAGGACCCUCCUGGAAAGUAACCUUCAGACUUGGGUGUGGGCUUCUCUGGGUUAUUGAUUUUGAUGAUUUCAAGCCUCACUUUGCAGCACCAAAUCGGCCAACCGGCCCUCCCCUGGGUUUGGGACGUCACGGCCACGGGUUGAGCUCCGGUGGUGCCGCCGGGUUCCCCGUCGCGCUGCGUCUUGGUCUCGUUCCAAACCAGCGACCGGGAAGUGUGGCUCACGGCGGGGAUUUUGGAACUUGAAGUUUUGUUUUUGGGCACUCACGUAUUUUUUGGGCGAUUGCCACGAGUUGUGGGGCAGUACAGCGAGUGGCUUCCCGCUCCUCGUAUUUGUGCUGCGGAGUUUGUGUUCUCCACUCGCGCGUCGAUUUUAUUUUUUCUUCUUUGGUACAGAAACGGCAUUCUCUCUUUGAGUAGGACGGGGAGAGGCUGUCCCGGUGGGGGAAGGCUUUAAAUGGGUGAACGUUGUUAUUCACAGGCUGCUCAGCCAGUGCGGCUGAGCAGCGUCUGCUGGUAGUGCACAUUUUUGGGGUAGACGGUGGGGUGCCGGGCCACGCGCACGUUUCACUUGCCCAGCGGAACAAGUGGCGUCUCCUAUUUAUUUAACCGGUUUUCACCGACGCGCGCUCACGCGGCCGCGCGCCGUUUUUGGCCUCCGUCUUGGUUUAGCGGCACACCCGGGCUUCACGCACCGUCCCUCAGGAGCAGCCCAACCCCUGCCCCUCCGUCGUGACGCGUGUCGCACGGUGGCCUCUUGUGGAUUUUUCCCUCUCUUCCCCCCCCCCACCCCCAUUUUCUCUUUUAAUAAACCACGCACGCGGUGCGCGAGCCGAUAGCCGUGCGCGUUGCGCCGCAGCGGUGUCUCCGUGCCAUCGCCGAACCCCGGUUCGCCGCCCCCCCCCCCCCCCCCCAAUUUUACAGCCGCGCGCUUCCCCUCGCGAGCCGGGUGGCCGCGGGGCAGUCGCCGUCUGCUGGACUUUCCGUCGCGUCGGCGCGAGCUGGGGAAAGCGUUUGCGCGCGUUUUUAUUUAAGCCCGGGUUUGACGUCCACGCUUUUUUAACCACUCGCUCUUCGGCUGUCCGAACCGGGACGAGUCGCCGGUGUGGGACCCGCCCGGCCCCGCGGCCUACGUGGCAGCAGCCGCCCCCCGCUCGAGUUGGUCUCUCGCACCGCGGGACGAGCUGCCGCUCGCGCCCGGCGCUAAGAGGCGCGCGAGCGCUGCGGGCCGCGAACAGCGGGCCGCAACUUGGCAUUGCUUGCGUUCGGCUUGAUGUUCCGCUCGGAGGAGGCCCAAGUUGCCCACGUGGGGCUCGGCAAUGCGUCGCAGCGAUGCGCUUCUGUGACCCAGCGAUGCAAGCCCAGACCCAGAGCCCAACACCCACUCUAUAGCCCAGACCCAGAACUCAUCACUCACUCUAUAGCCCAGACCCAGAGCCCAACACCCACUCUAUAGCCCAGACCCAGAGCCCAACACCCACUCUAUAGCCCAGACCCAGAGCCCAACACCCACUCUAUAGCCCAGACCUAGAGCCCAACACCCACUCUAUAGCCCAGACCCAGAGCCCAACACCCACUCUAUAGCCCAGACCCAGAGCUCAAUACCCACUCUAUAGCCCAGACCCAGAGCCCAACACCCACUCUAUAGCCCAGACCUAGAGCCCAACACCCACUCUAUAGCCCAGACCCAGAGCCCAACACCCACUCUAUAGCCCAGACCUAGAGCCCAACACCCACUCUAUAGCCCAGACCCAGAGCCCCAACACCCAUCUAUAGCCCAGACCCAGAGCCCAACACCCACUCUAUAGCCCAGACCCAGAGCCCAACACCCACUCUAUAGCCCAGACCCAGAGCUCAAUACCCACUCUGGGGGUGGGUGGCGCCGUGGGGAUGGGUGGCGGCGUGGGUGGCGCUGUGGGGAUGGGUGGCGCUGUGCUGCAGCAGCUGUUUAAAGGCUGGGAGCGAUCGUGACACGCUCCGAAUCUGGUGUGUUGUAACCGUUUUUUGUUUUGCACUCUUGCUGUUGUUUGUUGCUUAAGACUUAAUUUGGAUUUUAUCUGAGAAAGUAAAUGCUGUAAAAUCUCCCUUGUAAAUUCAACGAUGAUUUAAUUUGUAUAUAUGUGGUUGUGGUUAUAAAGGCCUGUGCUCGGU